AUGGCUCCAACGAAGAAAGUCAUCCUCCACUACUUCGACCUCGGCAGCAAAGGCUGUGGAGAAGUCGUCCGCUUGAUCCUACGAGAACUCCGCAUCAACUUCGAGGACAAGCGAUAUGCUUACAAUGACACUUGGGCGAAGCUGAGCAAGACGUACCAGGAGAAAGGUCUGAGUGUCGCUGGCAAGCUCCCCGUCUUGGAGAUGGACGGGCAUAUCUUGUCCCAGCACAUCCCGCUCCUCAGAUAUCUAUCACGCUCAGCCGGUAACUACGAUGGAAGUUCGAGCUACGACAACUGGCUGGCCGACGCCGUCUCCGACAUCUACGUCGAUUGGAGGGCUGCCAUGCCGGAGACGUUGAAAGCGCUAAAGAAAGCUAUAUCCGAGCGUCCCAAUGUUAAGGAGUACAUCGCUUCGAGACUGUGA